AAAUGUAUACAACAUUUUUUGCCAGCCAGCUUCAAGUCAAAGAAAAUUAUAUUUUUUUAUUGAAUUUAAUGUGAGACAAAUUGCUGGGAUAAGUUCAAAUUGUGAAAAUCUCGAUUGGAAAAGAAAAGCAACACAAGAAAAGAAUUGAUAAACAAAAAUGGAAUUAGUAAAUAACGUACAAAGACAUAUACCUACUCAACAGUUACAUACAUAAGGAAUAACGAACCCUAUCAUAUGCAUAGAUGGCAAAUAUUCCAAGUGUUUAAAUGAGCAAAUCCGUUUAAGCCAUUGGCAAUAUGAAAUAUUCAUAAAGGCAAAUCCAAAACGUGCGACUACGCAGGAAUUACCCGCCAAGAAGACACGCGUGAAGUACGUACAAAUACCGCAUUAAUGUAUGUGUAUAUGUGCAUAUGAGUAAGUGAGAGGCUGGGUAAUGACGCCGAGUGCGUGACUGUCGACAGCAAUCAUCAUAUCUAGUAGAGAAUCUGCACCACCGUCAAUCACGCCAAUGUCAACAGUUCGUCUUCAACAAGUGCAACACAUCCAUCAUCAUUACCAAAAGGAGCAACAACAGACAACACAGCAGCUCAGCAGCCCAGCAGACAACAGCGACGCAAUCGCACAGAAAUAAAUUUAAAUAAUGCUUGUAACUGGCUUUUUAAUGGAUUCUACGCCGAUUUAAGUGAGCUCGUGCCACCAGCUCAACCACUUAAGGCAGCCGCUACCCGAUCAACGCUCGAAACUUAGGAACCUAUUGCCAACAUCGAAGUGGGUGCGCCAACCACAGCGACACUCGUAAAAUAUUUGAACUACACAUAGAGAAGGUAACCGAGAGAGAGAGGAAGGCACAAAAAUGUUCGAUACGAAAUGGUUGCCCGCCGCCUGUGGCAGUUUGGCACCCGCUCUUAUACCGCCCGCACACAUGUUGGUGUUGGCCUACUUUUGGGAAAAUUACUCGCGCUACGUUGAUAAGCACUUUUGUACAUGCUCCUGCUGGGACACCAUAUUCAAGGGGCCCUACGAGUCGGGUGUUGCCUCGUAUAAGCAUCUCUACUUCAAUGUCACACAAAAUUCAUUCAAAAUGUGGCUGCUCACUGUAUUCGCUGUUAUUGCGCUUUAUGAAUGCAUUAAACAGUUGAUUGCGUUGAUAUUGCAACAACGUUGUCGCUACUCGAUGUUGUUGCUCUUCUCGCUGUCGAUAUUUUCACACUAUUAUGCCUGGUGGGCGUACAUAAAUUACUACAACGAUGACUAUUACCAGCAAUGGAACCAUCAGCUAUUUUUUACGGUAACCGAAUUGAUAUCUUCCUUGCUGGUCAUGCAUCUCGCGAACACUACUAACACGGUCACAUCGAAGAAAGUAUUCUGCAUUGUUGGCAUCGCCAUACUGCACAUCACAGCCAGCAGUUUCGACCAGUUCUUCAUGAAUGUGGUGCGUGGCGAAGGUUAUGCACAUCAAAUAGUACGAGAUAUCGGCUUCAUGGUGCCAGAUAUACUGCAAUUAAUCAUACCAUUGUGGCUCUUCCGCAAGACGCGCAAGGAAUCGUACACAACGCGUCCCUUUUACCGAGACCGCAAUCUGCACAAAGACAUUGUGGCGAUGUUAUUCUUCGUGCUGGCGCUCUUUGUUGUCUGUACGAUUUUGUGAGAUAGAAUUUUCCAAUACCUGCAGAUGAUGAAUAGUGAGGAGGAAGCGCGCGCAACGAGACGCAUGAAUCUGAUGGCUCGACUAUACUUCAAUGUGUAAGGUAAAUAAUGUAUAUACUAUACAUAUAUACGUCUGUCUGAGUUACAGCAACAACAACCAAGUGUUGAAUUGAGCUGCACGCGUUUGUUGGUGGAUGCCGCUGAAGAGUUCUGAGCUUGCGGUGACACACUUUUUGCUGAAACUAAACGUUGGCGUGUAAGUCUAGAUGUAGUUAGUUUUAGCAACAAAUACAAACAAAAUAUAUAAAAUACGUACUUAUUUACUUACAUAUAUAUAUACAUAGAUAUAUAUAUUUACAUAUAUUAGUGUAGACCAAAGAACAAAGUUUUCCCCUCUCUAACCUUGUGAUAACUGUGUUUCUUUGAUAUCCUUCGAUUUUAACAAAUUUAAUCAUAUUUAUUUAAAUUUCUUACCUGUAGUGAUUAUUAUUUAGGUUCCUUAGGAAAAAUGUUAUAUAAUCUAAACAAUAUUUAAUAUUAGAAGAGAGAGGGUGUUUAGCUGUCAUUCAUAUACAUACAUAUAUGCAUUUUGUCAAAUAUUUUUAAACACUGAGUUUCAUUUCUUUAAAAUACUAUAGCACAUUAUUACAUGCAUCCGCAGUCACACACUCUGUCUUUUCUUACCUUUAUAUGACUCAACUCUACAUCCUUAAACAGUCUGCAGAAACCAGAAUUAAGGGCGCGGUUGUGGAGGCCCAUGAUAUUGAAUCGGCGUACGCCAACAGCUGUAGACUCUUAUAGAAUAUUGUGCCUUCUCUAUUUAGCUCUGCAGCUCCACUUAUUUUCUCCAGCAGUAGAUUGAAGAAGUCGCACGAUAGGGAGUCACCUUAUCUGAAACCUCGUUAGGUAUCGAACGGUUCGAAGAGGUCCUUCCCGAUCCUGACGGACCUUCCGGUCCGUCUGUUUACACAGCCGUAUUAAUUUUGCGGGGAUAUCAAAUUCAAACAUAGCGGCGCAAAGGCAGCUCCUUUUCGUGCUGUCAAAAAUAGCUAUGAAAUCGGCGAAAAAGUGAUGUGUGUCGAUUCUCUUUUCACGGGUAUUUUCCAAAAUUUGACGCAUGGUGAAUAUCUAAUCAGUUCUUGAUUUUCCAGGCCUGAAGCUGCAAUGAUAAGGUUUAAUCAGUUUGUUGACGGUGGGCUUUGAUCUUUCACACAAUACGCUCGAUAGGGAAGGCGAUUGAGGAGGCUUCUCCCACGGUAGUUGCCGCAGGUUGUGCGAUUCCCAUUUUUGUGGUUUGGGCAGAGCACACUUAGGUUCCAAGCGUCGGGCAUGCUUUCAGCCGCGUAAAAACACCCCAAUGAAAAGAAUAAUAAAUAUUCUGUGUGCCAAUAUCACAAUUCAGCUACUCAGUUUUUAAAUAUAUUUGACAGAAUGAUUAUAGAUGUAUAAGGUAUUAAAUGGAAUAGCUAACAAAUACAAUUAACGAAAUCUACAAUAUUAGACUUAUAUGCUAUAUUAAGAAUACUUAGUUUAAAAAAUUUUAUAAAUUUAGAGAACAAAUAUUAAAAUGGAGUCAUAUCAUAGCACAACUUUGUACACCGUAGAUGACACUCAAAAGACUCAUAACACAAGUAGAAACGUACCUACUCAUUAUACAUAAUUAGGUGCAUAUGUAUGUAAUAUUACACAUCAAUAGUGUUACAUAUAUACAGUUAAAGAAAUACAUUUAUAAUAUAAUUUAUGUUUAAAACCACUUCCUAAAUAUUUUUUUAUUAUGGUAUGCCAAAAAUUGAAGCCCAUAAGUCCUAUCGGGCUAUUUAGAACAGGCCGCCCAACAUUUUUAAUUUAUAGCAACACUCGACACUCGUCAGGGAUCCUGUAAUCGUUUUAAUUAUGGUUCUUCCAAAAAUGUGGUGCUUGCUAUACUAGAACCAAACAAACCAUCAUUUGUGAUUCAAAGAGAUUUAAACAGUUUGAUACCUAUGUAUACCAGAGAAAAUAUUAAAAUAUUAUUAAGUAAUUUCUAAAACACUCACAGAACACUUUUGUCUCCAAAGUUAUUCUUUGUAAAAUCAAAAGUUUUUCCAUUUUCUACUCCAAAUAAAGAAAGCAACGGAUUUUCUUCAAUAAAAUUGGAGUUUGUAUCAUCGAAAAAAAUAUGUAGUUUAAUGUUCAAAUACUACGAUUAUCAAUAUAACGUACUGUCAAUAUCGUUUAUAGAUGGCGAGUUUAGCUGCAUAUUCAUUUUUCGUUUUAGAAAUAUAAGAAAUCGUUAUUUUACAGUGGUUUAUGAUGUUGUCGAAAGAAAAUACAUGGGAGAUGUUCCAGCCUUUAAGCAGAUUCGUGCUUCUUCUUUCGCAGCCACACUUUCUACUGAUCAAAAUUGUAUUAAGUUUUCUAACGCUUCUGAGUCUUCCAUAGAGAGUAUGAGAGUUUAGCAAGAAAACUAGCCUUAUAGAAGCGUGAUGCUAAAAGCUAGCUCAAUGAAACAACAUCAGAUUUCAAACUAAUAUCAUCAACAAAUGACUUAACUUUAAUAGAAAAGAACGAUAUUCUUCGGCUAAAAUAUUUUAUACAAUACUUGACUGAUAGAAAGAUAGAAAAUAAUUGAGUUUUUGCAUUGCGACCUGUGGUCUAUUGUGCCCACUUCUAUACCACAUAUGGUCACAUAAGUCCAGCACCCUGAAUAAUUCCAGGAGCUUGCUGGGCGCGAUUGAGGUGAUGUGAUCCCUGUCCACCUAGAUGGAUACAAGGGCCUUGAGCCUGCUUCUACAAAUUGUGGGCAAUAUAGAAUCAGGUCUUCUGCAGUUUACUGUUUCAUGUCGCAAAACCGGCAGUUUGCGCAAGAGACUAUGCCCAUGUUGGACAAGUAUUUCUGAGCCUGCAGUGCCUAGUGUAGAGCGCGAUAAGGAGACGGAAAACUGAUGACUGAUAGAAGAAGUGAAACUUCUUUCAUUAAUAAUGUAUUUAUACUAUUUCAUUGUAAUACAAUUGAUUUGAUGUCAACAGCUUAAGACACUGUCCAAAAAAUGGUGUUUGGUCUGCUUAUUUAAAAGUUCAGAGAUUUUUAAGAAAGAUAUAGGAGCUUGGAGUUAGAAUCCUACAAAAUUUCUUGACUUAUUUUUCUUAAAGCUAUUUGCUUUAACCUUAUAUCCCGAUUGUUGAAGGCAUCAAUCUAAGAAAUGCAGAGUAUGAAGCUUAAAACAUAGUGAACUCUAGCACAUGAAAACAGUUUAAAGCACAUAAAACAUAUUCUGGUAUCUUACAUUAUAAGAAUACUUUUUUUUGUUCUUAACCUACAUUUACUGAAUUUCUAAUUCGUUUCAUAUUAUACAAAGAAUAUUUCCGCAGACACUCUUUAUAAAACCUUAAAUCCUUUCACUGUCACAUUUACAAUUUUUAUUUAUUUGUUAUUAUUGAUUUCACAUGUAACAUAAAGAAACCGAACAGUAUUGAAAACUCUCAGAUGAAACUAAAUAAUCUAAAAAUGUUCACAAACUUGUGGAAAUAAUAUAACUUGAAUUGAAACAUGAACCAGUUAGGAAGGGCUAAGUUCGGGUGCAACCGAACAUUUUAUACUCUUGCAACUUACAGGAAACAAAGCCAGGGAAAUUGCUUAAGGUGUAAAACGUCCACCUGAGGAUCAAAAUCCAAGCAAUUUUAUAUAUAUGUAAAUAUACUAUAUAUAGUAUAAUUCCUAUACUGACAGACACAUAAGGUUUGUUAGAAAAAGGAGAACCAUUAUAAGUAGUAUAUUAUAUGGCAGUUGGUGUAGUAAUGACCAGAUUUGUUCUAUUUUUCCAUAUACCACAUACUAUUAACAUGUCACCUACUAAAAAACAAAUCAUGUAGAAUAAAGUCAGCCAGAUGAUGGAAAAGGCUGAUAUUAGUUAUAUAGGGGUUAUGCCAAGUUUUUGCAAAUUUUUUUUUUAUUUUAGGCCCAAAGAUACACUCUUAUGAGUAAAAUACCUUCUCUACAAAGUCACCCGGAAGUUCGAAAAUCUUUAUAUUAGGUAUGUGGGGGCUAAGGGAAGUAUUGGUCCGAUUCAACCCAUUUUUGACACACAGACAUACUAUUGUCAGAGAAGUAAUAUUCCUGAAUUUCAAUUAUAUAUCUCAAACAUAAACCGAUAUUUUCGAACAAAAGUCAACUCAGACGAUGAGCUCGAGUUGCCGCGAGAAACGCGAGUGACCCUAGCGCAGCUUCGUUCUGAAUAUUGUAGCAGGUUAAACUCCUACUUAUCAUGAAUAGACCCUGACAUACCCAAUGUAUGUCCUGCUUGCAACGAGUCUCCGCAUGACACUGACCACCUCUUUGUAUGCCCUACCAACCCCACUCAUUUAACACCCUUUUCCUUUGGUCCGACCCCGUCGAAACAGCAUGUUUCCAGGGCCUCCCGUUAGAUAACGUCGAUGACAACACAGAUAACCUUUAAUAUCCUAACGGGUACUAAUAACCGUUAAAACAAGAAUAACAACAAUAAAAGUCAAAUAUAGACACAAGGUUCCACAUGUUCGGUACCUAGGGGCUUGAACAGUUUCCGUUGGAUUUGAACAAUUUUUGAUCAUAAGGUGGCAUACACUUAAGGCAUUAUUCGUGCAAAGUUUAAUCCCGUUAUAUUAAUUGCUUCUUGGUUUGAAUACUGGAAAGUUACAUAAUCAAGUGGAAUUUACUUUUAUAUGGGAAGUAGGUGUGAUUAUUGUCCGAUUUCGGCCAUUUUCGAAACGUGGCGUAGGAAUAUGAAACGGAAGCCACAUACGAAAUCUUGUCGAAAUCGGUUUAUCGGAUCCCGAGAAAUGGGAUUUUACCAAAAAGUGGGCGGUGCCACGCCCAUCGCCAAAUUUUUACUCGGGCCAAAUUUUUACGUCUCUGGUCUUUUUGGUUAGAUAAUAUUAUUUAUCGCGCUUUUAGUAGUUUUGAACAGUAACGGUACUGUGGUAAGGGAACGGGGUUGUCAUCCGAUUUCAUCCAUUUUCACGCUAUCGGUAGGAAUUUUUGUAGUAUUCGCGCUAGGCGAAUUGCGUUGUUGCAGCUUUAGCUUAGGAGAUAUA